AUGCCGCCUUCACAACUGAAGCGGCUGAAGGCAUCUCUCCGUGAGCAGGGUGUAACAGGACCCCAGAAAUCGAAGAAGCAGAAGAAGCAGCAAGCGACUGGAAAGACUUCCUCUGAUCGCGUGCAACGACAAGCAGCACUCCAACACAUCCGAGACUCCUUCAACCCCUUCGAGCUCAAAGCACCAGCGCGACCCGAGAAGUUCACACAUGCGUCUUUCAGGAAUGCGCAAAAUGCAACGACACGAUACAAAGAUGUCCUCCACCGACCUGGCGUUACUCGAUCUGCCGGCGAGGAAAUGCGCCGGAACACAUUGCUUCCUGAGAUGAGGAGGCGGAAUAAAGUCGGCGGUCUUGUGGAUCGACGAAUAGGCGAGGGAGAUGUCGAUAUGACCCCGGAAGAGAAGGCUGUUCAGCGCUUUGCCAGAGAGAAGGAAAAGAAGGCGAAGGGAAGGAGCAUGUUCGACUUGGAAGGCAGCGACGAUGAAGGUGCUGGUGGCUUCGGGCUGACGCAUGGUGGCAAAAAAAUCGAUGAUCUAGCUGCGGAUGACUUUGGUGAAGAAGUGUCAGGCGGGUCUGAUGAGGAAGAGGACGAUGAUGGGGAGCUGCUUCGGCUAAAGAGGCGGCGGUCUGAUGUCGACGAAGAGGAUGAUGAAGAGAUGGAAGGUGAUGAUCCGGCAGACGACCAGCCUGAGCGCAAGAAGACGAAGAAGGAAGUCAUGGAGGAGGUCAUUGCAAAGUCGAAAAUGCACAAAUACGAGCGUCAAAAAGUCAAGGAAGACGACGACGAUUUACGGGAAAAGCUGGAUCAGGACAUUGGCGAACUUAUGGGUCUCUUGCAAGGUGUGAAGAAGCCGCCUCCGCCUCCAAAGGCUGAAGAGACAGCAGCGACCAACGGAGACGGGCCAGUCAUGAACCCUGAGCGACAAAAACUAUUGGCUGGUGGAGACAAGGACUACGACAAGUACAUGAAGCAGCUUACGAAUGAGGCCCGAGCAGCACCGUCCAACAAGAGCUUGACUGCAGAAGAGAAGGCGCAGAAGGAGGCAGAACGAUUGAAGGAGUUGGAAGAGAAGAGGCAAAAGCGCAUGCGUGGUGAAAACGUAUCGGACGAUGAGAAGGACGCUGCUCCAGGUGCAGAUGUUGACAUUCGAGAAGAUGACGAAGACGAAAUGCCCGACGAGGCUGCAGACUUUGGCUUCACGUCUUCCGUCGCACAGCCAAAGAAAGCAAAGGAAGAGCAACUUGUGCUGGACGAUGAAGAUGAAUUUGCGCUCGAUGAAGAUCUGGUUGCAAGCGGUUCUGAGGCCGAAAUGAGCGACGACGAAUCUGGUGAAGGCAGCGAAGACGAUAGCGACGCCGAUGGCGAACCACACGAGGAUGAAGAAGAUGAAUUCGUGACUGAGAUUCUUGGAUCGAAUGGUGCUACUGGAUCUAAUGCUACUAAAGUUGGCGAAAGGACAGCAACGACUACAUCCGGCGUCGCCUUCACCUAUCCUUGUCCACGAUCGCACGACGAGCUGCUGGGAAUUGUCAAGGAUCUGCCGGCUGAACAACUGCCUACCGUGAUCCAGCGCAUUCGAGCAUUGUACCACCCUUCGCUCUCAGCAUCGCACAAGGAGUCAAUGGCUGAUUUUGCCUGUGCGCUUGUCGAUCAUCUUGCAUAUAUGGCAGAUGAGAAGCAGUCGAUGGCAGUCAUCGAGCAAGUCAUUCGUCACUUGCACUCGUUAUCGCGAACAUAUCCCACCCAAAUCGGCGAGCAAUUCAGACUCAACUUGGCCUCAUUCCAAGGGCGCACGCAUCCUAGUGCUGGUGACAUGGUUGUGCUGACAGCCAUUGGCAGCAUAUACCCUACUAGUGAUCACUGGCAUCAAGUCGUCACACCUGCCGUGACGUUGAUGGCCAGAUGGCUUGGCCUCAAUGCUCCGUUGUCGAACAAGCCAAUCGAAGAGCAGACACUUGCCACUGGUGCUUUCAUGGUCACACUAUGCAUCAGGUACCAGACGCUGAGCAAGCGCUACGUCCCAGAAGCCCUCCGUUUUACCAUCCGGGUCUUGUCCUCGAAAGAUGCCACAAAAGCGACGCACGCACCAUACCUUACCAACCUCACCGCAAUGGCGGACCUCUGGAAAGAGAAACCCUCCUUCAUCGAGCUCUUCACCCCAACCCUCCCCCUCCUCAAAUCCCUCUCCGCCAAAAAGGAGCAACAAACAAUCACAAUCCUCCUCCACCAAUCCCGCCUCCGCCGCAGACCCCUCGAACUCCACCACCACCGCAAACAACCCAUCCGGACCAGCGUGCCCAAGUUCGAGGAGAACUUUAAUCCUGAUAAGCACUAUGAUCCCGAUAAGGAGAGGAGUGAUGCGAAUAAGCUGCAGAAGGAGUAUAAGAGGGAGCGCAAGGGGGCGAUGCGGGAGCUGCGCAAGGAUGCGAAUUUCAUUGCAAGGGAGCAGCUUAAGGAGAAGAGGACGAAGGAUGAGGAGUAUGAGAAGAAGCAUAGACGGCUCAUUGCGGAGAUUCAGAGUGAGGAGGGGAAAGGGGGAAAUGAUUAUGCUAGGGAGAAGGCGAUGAGGCAGAGGAAGAAGUAG